UCGGUGACUAAAAUCAACAGCAGAAGAACAACUGUGAAGAAGUCUACGCGUGUUUUUACCGAAUGAAUACUGAUCAAUGGCGGGGCUUGAGUUGCUGUCAGAUCAGGGAUACCGACUCGAUGGACGAAAAGCCCCCGAGCUGCGUAAAGUGCAGGCCCGCAUGAGUGUGUUUGCUCAGGCCGACGGGUCUGCUUACCUGGAGCAGGGGAACACUAAAGCUCUGGCGGUGGUGUACGGGCCGCACGAGACCCGAGGCUCUCGCAGUAAGUCCUUGCACGAUCGUGCGGUCAUUAACUGUCAGUACAGCAUGGCCACGUUCAGCACCGCUGAGAGGAAGAGACGUCCACACGGCGACCGCAAGUCCAGUGAGAUGAGUCUUCAUCUGAAGCAGACCUUUGAAGCGGCAGUGCUGACGGAGCUCUACCCGCGAUCACAGAUCGACAUCUACGUCAAGAUUCUGCAGGCGGACGGUGGAAACUACAGCGCGUGUGUCAAUGCUGCGACUCUGGCUCUGGUGGACGCUGGGAUCCCCAUGCGUGAUUAUGUGUGCGCCUGCACCGCUGGCUUUGUGGAAGACACGGCACUGGCUGAUCUGUGUCACGCGGAGGAGAGCGGAGGCGGCACAUCGCUGGCACUGGCGCUGUUGCCCCGCAGCGGGAACAUCGCCCUGCUGCAGAUGGACGCCCGGCUCCACCAGGACCACCUGGACGCAUUAAUGGAGGCGGCCAUGACGGCAUGUAAAGGUCUGAGUAAAGUGCUGGAUGGUGUUGUGCGUCAGCACCUGGAAGAGGUUUCAGUUCUUACCAGCGAAUAAAAACUUCCUGCGAACUUCAUCCUGGGCUCACUAGAGCAGACUGUGUUCCCGUUGUAGAAUGAAGCCGACAUUUGACUGAAAUUACAGAGUUGAUCAACUACAACAAAAAAAUCUUCUGGAAAAAGUGGCAUAAAGACUCUCUACAAAAAUACAGUGUUUUGUUUAAAAAAAAAAAAAAAUCUCUGUUUUGGAAGAAUUGUAAUAAAAAGGUUUUUGCUAUGUUUCUAAACAGUUAAAUACAAAUUUCUUUUUUUGUGUUGUUUUAUUAAAUUAAACAUUCAGGUAAUCAUA